CGUAACAUUCCUGCGAAGAUGAACCACCUCUGCUGUCAAAUUUGCAGAAACCUUCUCAGGAAUCCUGUGAUGAUUCCUUGCGGACACAACUUUUGCAUGCGCUGCAUCCAGGACCAAUGGGAUUGUGACCAGCUGAGGAACAGUCUCUGCAGGUGCCCCGAAUGUAAAUAUGAGUUUCCAUCCAGACCUCAGCUGAUCAAGAACACAACUCUAGCUGAGGUGGUGAGAGAGACAGAAAUGAGUUGUAAUACAGAGCAGCAGUCCUCAGAAGGGAAUCGGAAAGUCCUGAAGAGACCCCGGAGCUGUGCAGAAACAUCAGAGAGCACUUUGUGUGGAAAACACAACAAGCCCCUGGAGGUUUACUGCUGCACAGAUAAGCAGAUCAUAUGUGCACAGUGUGCUUCAGCUGAGCAUGGAGGACACAGGAUCGGGUUGGUGAAGGAGGAACGGAGGCGGAAGGAGAAGGAACUUAAGGACAUGCAGACAAAGUUCAAGCAGACUCUUCAGAAGCAAGAAAGGAAAAGAGAGAUGAUGGGGGAGAUGCUCGGACAGAUUCAGGACGAGGCGAGAAAAACAGAAGCCUUCUGUGAGAGCGUCAUAGUGGGCGCCAUCGACUCCCUUCAGAAACAUUACCUGUCAGUGAAGGAAGUGAUUGCAGCUCAGGAGGAGGCGGCUGCAGCUCAGGUUCGCAUCUCGCUGAAGAGCCUGGAGGAGGAGGUGAAGCAGAUGAAGGAGAGGGAUGCUAAGCUGGACCACCUGGCACAGACUGAGAGCCACAUCCGUUUCCUGCAGAAAUGGCCCUCUCUGAAGCUCCUCUGUGACCCCUCGUUCCAGGAGCUUUCAGAGGAUCCACUCCUCCACUUUGAGCUCACAAAGAGAGCCGUUGAGCAUCUUGGGAAGCAACUGGAGGGAUUCUGUGACAAAGAAUUUGCCUCAAUCUGUAACACUGCUGAUGGUGAGGAGCAGCAGGAAUCAGCAUCAGAGAUGGAGGAAGAUGAUGUCCAGCGAAGAAGUGAAGCCAGCGUCUCACAGCUCCAUGCUAGCAGGCCUCUGGCUAAACAGAAAGUUGAGCCUAAAACCAGAGAAGAGUUCCUGCAAUAUGCGUGUAAGCUCUCUCUGGACCCCACGACAGCUCAUGAGGACCUGGUUAUUUUGAAAGGAGGGAAGAUGGUUAAGCUGUGCAAUGAGAGGUCCAAGAAUCCUAGUGUUCGUAACCCAGAGAGGUUUAUACAUCGGCGGCAGGUGCUGUGCAGGGAGGGACUGCAAGCUGACUGCUACUAUGAGGUAGAGGUGAAAGGAGACAAAGCAGAGAUCGCUCUAACCUACAAAGGAAUAAACAGAAAAUCCCGCACUACACUGUCAGCCUUCGGGGCCAAUGCAAAUUCCUGGAGUCUGGAUCUAUCUAAACAUUACUCUGUGAGCCACAAUUCUGACAGCAUCCAGCUCACUACACCACCCCGUCAUCACAGGGUUGGAAUUUAUCUUAAAUUUCAAACCGGAACUUUGUCUUUCUAUGAGGUGUCGGACAGUAUGAACUUCCUGUACAAGGUUGAAGCCGAGUUCAGAGAGCCGCUGUAUCCCGGAUUCUGGCUCGGAGAGAAAUGUUGCAUCAGGAUCUGUGAUCUGAGACAGAGCCAACUGUAAAAGAACUGAAGAGGACUGCAAACAGCUUCUUUCUACUUAAAGGGAAAUUAAAAAUAAUAUGUAUAGAUUGCUGUAUAGAUUGCACAGUGCACUGACAUGUCUGUUUCCUAUGAUGUGUGGGGUGGUUGAUAACUCUGCAGUAUAUGAAGCCCAAAUUGCCUAUAUGUGUAAGUUUGUAUAAAUUCAAUAGUAUAAAAUUGCGUUUUUAUUCAUGCUGGACAUGUUUUACUGUGGACAGAGUGCUGAAUGUAGAAGAAUGUCUUGUUUCUACGUAACCUCCGAAGGCAGGAUUUAGCAAGUACAUAUAGUUGAGGGUAUAUAUGUAUAUUCUGUUUCUAUUUAACAUUGCUUUGUGAAAUUACUGUGUCCAGAAGAGGGCGCCAUGUGUCUGCGGUUUGCCUAAUAGCCUUGUAUGGAAUUUCAGUCAAGUCAAUAUUAAAGAACUAAAUAAACAAGUGGACAAAUAGAAAUGUAAUUAAAUGAAUCCUGAAAUAUUUUUCUAAUUAAGAAAAUGAAUAAAAAUAGAGGCCGUCUCUCUUGAUUGCCCACUUCAGGGUGGGAGAAACACCCCUGAACUGUGUUAUGAUUGUUGAUGUAACAUAGUUUGCUUACCAGAGGGCCCUCUGAGCUCUUCCCUGUUGGUAACACCAGAACACUCAGUGGGAAAUUAGUAAUAAAUUAGUCAUCUAUGACCUGUUGACACAAUAAAACAAGAUUUAUUUAAACUGCAUUGCCAUAUAUUAUCUCAGUAAGGCUCAUAAAUACGUCCACAUAACAAACGUUUUGGAAAUCUGUCUAAUGCAUUAGCUGAUAUAUUGGACUUAUAAAUCACCAGAUAUUGGUGCUGGUCUUAAUAAUCCUCUGUUGGUCCAGCUUUA